UUAGCUAUUAAUUACCAAACGGCAUGGACAGCUGAAUGCCUCCUCUCCUCUGUGACCCAUCUGCUUGUCUCCUGCAGACGAUGUCCAUGAAGUAACAUCUGCUCUCCAGCCAGCCCUCUGCUGGGGCAGCAGUACUCUGUACCACUGGUCCUGCCACUGUCCUGUCCUCUGUACACUCUUCUGUCCUGUGUACACUGUCCUGUCCUGUGUACACUCUGUCCAGUGCUGUAGCGCGCACUCUAUUGUCCUGUAGCCUGGACAGCAGGCAGGCGGUACCUCCGUGUUAACUGCACUGCAGUCGUGUCCCAUCGCCGACCAAUCACAGAGCGCUGGUCUGGGCUUAAAGAGCAGCUCCUGGCCAAUCGGAGCCGAGGAAAUGUGGGUCCCAGACGCAGCGAGCGGCGCUCUGAUUGGCUGCCGGUGUCGUCAGUCUGUCCCGGGUGUGCUUCCGGGUUUCGUCGCCUUCGCCUGCUGCUGCUGCUUCUUCAGAGGAGAGGAAGACUCGUCUCGCAGGAGGACAGCCGCUCCGCUCCGGCUGUCUGCGCCGACUCAUCCGCACGUCCCCGCCCGCGACAGACGGCUGCGUGCAUGGGCUCCGCCGCGGCUCGGGCACUGCGUGUGCCGGCUUUGUGAGAGAAAUAAGAGCCAGAGAGCCCCCCGGGGGGGCGGGGGCUCUGCAGGUUUUGCUCCGGAGCGGGCGUGGGGGGGUCUGUCCACAGGGGCGAGAGCGCCGUGCGAAGCGGGACGAGACGAGACGAGACGAGACGGACCCUCGCCUGCAGACGCGCACGGCCAUCCGUCUCCCUGGCAACGGGACACGAGCGACUGUAUCCCGGGAAUGGAUCUUGCUCGGGUCAAGGUGGAGGAGCCCGAGGCGGGGCCGCUCUGGGUCGAGGGCGAGCCGGACCCUAGACUGCGCCAGCAGUGGGUCCAGACGGCCAGCGGCUCUGUCCAGGGCCCGGGCCCGAUCGGCGCAGUGGAGCUGGUCCGCAUCAAGGAGGAGCCUCUGGAUGGCGAAGUGCAGUCCGUCCGGAUCAAAGAGGAGUUCGCCGAGCCGGAACCGGAACCAGAACCCGGACUGGACUCGCUGUGGCCCGGCCCGCUCUGCGUGAAGCAGGAGAGUCCCGACCCGCUUCUGACCCGGAUCAAAGAGGAGCCGGUCCCGCCGGAGGCGGUCCGGAUCAAGGAGGAGUCCGAGGACGUGGAGCUGGACCUGGCUCUCCUGGGCGGUGUCGACCCGGCCCGCGUGAAGAGGGAACCCAGCCCGGGCGAGCUCGAACCCGCGCUGGCGGCCCCGCUGCUAGGCCCGGGGAAGUGGGAGGAGCCCGGACCUGACCCCGCCCACGUCAAGCAGGAGUGUCCCGGGACGGACGGCGGCUCGGAUCAGACUUCGCCUCCGGACAAGGACUCGGGUGAGAGGGGGCUGGGGUCCGAGGUGGGGAAGUCGGGGUGCGCCUGCCCGGACUGCGGGAAGCAGUUCAGCACCCCGGGGAACCUGCGGGUGCACCGGCGCAUCCACGCGGGCGUGAAGCCCUUCGGCUGCGAGCAGUGCGGCAAGCGCUUCACCGAGCUGGGCGGCCUGCGCAAGCACCAGCGCAUCCACGCGGGCGUGCGGCCCUACCGCUGCGCCGACUGCGGCAAGGAGUUCGGCCGCGUGCACCACCUCAAGUCGCACCAGCGCACGCACUCGGGCGAGAAGCCCUACGCCUGCGCCGACUGCGGCCGGCGCUUCGGCCACUCGGGCGAGCUGAAGAUCCACCGGCGCACGCACUCGGGCGAGAAGCCCUACCACUGCCCCGACUGCGGCAAGAACUUCGCCGUGAUCAGCAACCUGCGCUCGCACCAGCGCGUGCACUCGGGCGAGCGCGCGCACACCUGCGCCGACUGCGGCCGCAGCUUCGGGGAGCUGGGCGUGCUGCGCAAGCACCGGCGCGUGCACACGGGCGAGCGGCCCUACCACUGCACGGCCUGCGGCAAGCGCUUCAGCCGCAUCCACCACCUGAAGACGCACCAGCGCACGCACACCGGCGAGCGGCCCUACGCCUGCCCCGACUGCGGCAAGACCUUCAGCCAGUCGGGCGACCUGACCAAGCACCGGCGCACGCACUCGGGCGAGAAGCCCUACCCCUGCCCCGACUGCCCGCGCAGCUACAACAACUCGGGCGACCUGCGCAAGCACAGCCGCACCCACUCCGGCCUCAAGCCCUACGCCUGCCCCGACUGCGGCAAGGGCUUCCGCAUGAUCCACCACCUGAAGACGCACCGGCGCGUGCACACGGGCGAGCGGCCCUACCUCUGCCCCCACUGCCCCAAGACCUUCAGCCGCCAGCACCACCUGGACUCGCACCGGCGCCGCCACUGGGCCAGCGGCACCGCCAGCGCCGGGGACGCCGCCAGCACCAGCGCCAGCGCCAGCGCCGCCGCCACAGAGACGUCCUCCACACAGGCCGGGCCAGGGGACGGGCGAGGGGUGAAGGGCGAGGAGAAGGAGGAGGGUGAGGAAGAAGAGGGAGGAGGGGGGUGAGGAAGAAGA